AUGGCCAACAAGCUAUUCUUGACGAGCCGAUUACCUACCACAAUAUAUUGCACAAAAGCCAAGGGUGAUAUCAUCAACGCGCCAAGUGGUACCGAAAUCGCGAGCAAGCGACGAUUCCCUCCUACCUCGGCAGCCAACUUCUUUCCCAAC